AUGGUUAACCGCUACAUCUUUGCCCUUGCCGGCCUUGCCGCUCAAGUCAGCGCCUUGCCCUUGAACAUCAACCUUGGUGCCUACUCUCCUGCCUUGGUGGUGGGUGAUGGUGAAAUUUCAUUCGGCGGCAAAAGCGAUGUUUCCCAGUUGAUGAACGUACUGGAAGGCGCGGCAGUCAACGCUGCACAAGGUGCGGGCCAGGCUGCUGGCAACGGUGCGGGUGCGGGUGCGGGUGAAGGUGCUGGCAGAGGCGCGGCUGCCCCGGCUGCUGCCCCGGCUGCUGCCCCGGCUACUGCCGCGGUUCAGGAAACGCCGAACCAGGAGAUCCAACAGAACCAGCAGGCUCAGCAGUCCGUCGCCGAUGUUCAGGGCGGCGCCACUCCCGUUACUGCUACUUCUUCGGACAACCAAAUCAACGAGGCCCAGGCCAUCGCUGCUCUCCAGGGUAUGGGCAAGGAGAUUGCUCCUCGCGUCCAGCUCAGCAAGUCCCACACCGCCGGCGAGAAGCGAGAUCUGGCCGGUUUCGACCGCGCUCUGAAGUACGCCGAGGCCGCCCUCACCAAGGGCCCGAAGAUCGAUCUCGGCACCGGCGAGGGUGGCUCCGGAGUUGGUAUCAAGGUCGACAACCAGCAGGGUGGUGCCCAAGCCGCUGCCGGAGGCCAGCGUGCCGCCGCCCGUGUCAAGGCCCGCGCCGAUGAAGCCCAGCAGCCUCCCCGCCGCCGUGCCAAGGUCACUACCAUGUACGUUCGCUCCGGCGUUCCCGGGGCAGGCGUUGAGAUGACCUCCGAUAAGCUCGUUGCCCGCGACCCCGCCGCCCCCGUUGCCCAGGUCGUCCCCGCCACCUCCAACAAUGUCGUCAAGCGUGCACAGGAGGAGCUUGCCUCGAGAGGCGUCAGUGGUGGUGCCAUUGACACCGUCAACCUGAACGUCAGCGGCGAGGGCGUUACCAUGACUUUUGUCGAGACCGAGGCCGACGACGUCGAUGAGCAGCAGUAAAUGAACCUCUCUUGGCGCCUGUUCGGGUGGAGAAAAAAAAAUCUCAAUGAGAAAAAGUGGAUACCAUCUAUUCUCACCUGUUCCAAUUCUAUUUGACAAUUCCCGGCCUCGGCCCCUAAUCUGGGUUCAUCACGAUGCGCAAACGCACAUUAGAAAAAAAAAAACCGCCUCGCGUGUAAACCCAAACUCCUCUGAUCUCGGCUUUGCCUUUUUCUUUCUUUCUUUCUUUUUUUCCCCCUUCAUGUUUUCGUCACGAUAUCAAUGCAAUUUGGCAGACGGGGUUGGCUGUGGAUGGGUUUCGCGUUCUAGAUAAUUCCCGGCAUGCGGCAUGUAUAGCAAAUCACAGAGAUUAUGAAAUUCAACAUGGUCUAUUUUUCUUCUUCCAUAAGGGACGCAUCAGCUGUUGAGUGUGCCUGGUUUUCUUCUACCCAAAGGGGAAA